AACUCGCGCCUGCGGAACGACAGCGGAUACAGCACGUGCGUGAACAAAUAUACUCGAUAGAUUACAAACUGUUGUAUCACUCCAACAAUUUCUAAGGUAAACUAGAUUAGUCAUAAAGUAUUAUGUUGCAUUAGAAAAAGUGUCUGAGGGAAGAUGAGUGCUAAGAAAAAGCAAGAAGUUUGGCUAUUUUGUGAAUCCUGCGGUAGAUAUAUUUAUAAUCGUCAGUUUGAUGAACAUACCGUGUUGUGUGAUCCCAAAUGCAAUGGAGCCAAAGAGCCCUUCAUACAACACGACAUCUUCCAUGCAACAGCUGUAGAAACAACUUCUAAAAUGCUCACAGAAAGUAAGUUUCCCGCACCGUCAUCGAAUAAAGAUGUGCUACUGAUCAGUGUCCACUCCAUGAAGAGAUGCGGCAUUGCUAUUGGCGCAACUGUUAUAGUGUCAUCCAAUCACAACAAGGAUAUUUGUAAAGCAUGGCCAUCUUCCUGUGUCACACCUGACUGCAUAGCACUUCCAUCUAUAACACUAAAAAAUUGCAAGGUGUCACCAGGGCAAUUUGUUUAUAUCCAAAAACUCACUCAACUCUGCUCUUACGCAACCAAGGUUGAAAUUCAAUUAUGCCAACCUGUUGAGUUUGAAUUAAACAAGAUAUUCACAGAUUAUUGCCUGCAUUAUCUUGAUGGCAAUUUUAUUCUAGAAGGAAACACCUAUGAACUACUGUACUAUGGAAAACCCAGACAAUUUCAAGUGUUACACAUAACAAACAAGGACAUCAAUUCAUACAGUAAACAAAUGGACCAGGGCAGCAAAAAUAUAGGCAUUGCAAGAUAUUUGUGCCAGGAAUUUGAAAAACUAGAUGUCCAAGAAAAAACAGACAUUGCUCAAGGAAUAUGCCAUAAAUCUGGAAACAAAACUACAGACAAUGGUGCCCCAGAGAACCAUCAGUUUUUUGGAAAUGGAUUUAAUCAGAAUGACUUGAUUUAUAAUUAUGUGUCAGCCAUGGAAACUAAUUUAGUUAUUCACCCAUUUGGCUCAGUAAUAAAGAAGGACUCUGAAGCCAAGAAGGGUGUGUCAUUCCAGAGUAUUGGAGGGCUCAAAACACAGAUACAGGCUGUCAGAGAGAUGAUUGAGAUGCCUUUGACAAAUCCAGAACUGUUUACUGCUUAUGGGGUCCCACCUCCAAGAGGCAUUCUGUUGUAUGGUCCAUCUGGUACUGGCAAGACCAUGAUUGCAAGGGCUGUUGCUAAUGAAACUGGGGUUCACUUCUUCUGUAUCAAUGGCCCUGAAGUACUCAGCAGGUAUUAUGGUGAGACUGAAGCACGCUUGAGAGAAAUCUUCACAGAGGCUCAGAAUAAAUCACCAAGCAUUGUGUUCAUAGAUGAGCUAGAUGCACUUUGCCCUCGCAGGGAUAAGGUCCAAAAUGAGUUUGAACGAAGAGUAGUUGCCACACUUCUCACACUUAUGGAUGGAAUGCACAUGAAAUCCACUGACACCUACGUCAUGGUGCUCGCAGCCACUAACAGACCAGAUGCACUUGACCCAGCUCUCCGCCGUCCAGGCCGCUUUGACAGGGAGAUCGAGAUUGGCAUCCCCAGUGUCACGGACAGGCGUGACAUCCUUGUCACGCUGCUGAAGAAUGUACCACACAGUUUACACGAUGAAGACAUCUCUAGUCUCGCUGAAAGCGCACACGGUUACGUUGGAGCAGACCUUGCGGCAGCAUGCAAAGAAGCGUCCCUGUACGCCUUCAAGCGAUCGCUCCAUAACCAUGACAACGGCUCAUCCCAGUCUCUUGAGCAGAGAGACGCUCGAAUCAAACGGGAGCUACUGGUAUCUAGUGAGGAUAUGAGGGCCGCUUUUCGUUGCGUACGACCAAGCGCUAUGCGAGAAGUGGCCCUAGAAGUUCCAAAGGUGCACUGGAGUGAUGUUGGGGGCAACGAGAUGAUCAAACGGAAGCUGAAGGAAGCAGUUGAAUGGCCCCUCAAACACCCCGAGGCGUUUCAGCGUCUUGGCAUCAGACCACCCCGGGGAAUCUUGAUGUAUGGACCCCCUGGCUGCAGUAAGACACUCAUAGCGCGUGCUCUCGCCACAGAAAGCGGACUGAAUUUCAUCGCCAUCAAGGGGCCGGAGCUUUUCAGCAAGUGGGUGGGGGAGUCCGAGAAAGCCGUGCGUGAGGUUUUCCUGAAAGCUCGCGCCACCGCUCCUUCCAUUGUCUUUUUUGACGAACUCGACGCCAUAGCUGGUCAGCGGAACUCCACUGGCGGUAGUGACGUCAACGACCGGGUGCUCACCCAGCUGCUGACCGAACUCGACGGCGUGGAGACACUCAAAGACGUCAUCUUUAUCGCUGCCACCAACAGGCCCGAUAUGAUCGACAAGGCGCUAAUGCGCCCUGGCAGGGUGGAUCGACUAAUCUACGUACCCCUCCCCUGCUGGGAUACGCGUAGACACAUUCUCGAGAUUCAUCUCGCGCGCACGCCCUGUGAAGGAUCUCUCGACCUGGAGGACCUGGUUGAGCGGACUGAAGGAUACUCCGGAGCCGAGAUCGCGGCUGUGUGCAGAGAGGCUGCCCUGGCAGCGUUGCAGGAGAAUAUACAAGCGGAGUCUGUUGAACUUCGGCAUUUCGAGAAGGCUUUGAUGGCGGUGAAACCGAGGACUUCUACGCAGAUGAUUAACUUUUAUGAUGAUUUUCAAAAGAAAAGUGGAAUACACACUAUUUAAACUAAAGCCGGUUAGGGAUAUCCGGUAGCAGUGAAAUAUCCAGUCCUGAACAUUUUACACUCGGUGCCUGAGGUACUUACAGCUGCACGCCAGAAGGCGCGACGAACGAAUGCCCGGUGACACUGGCACUCAGGCCAGUAACUUGGAUUUCGCACCACCCCAAAAAGUGGACCUCAUUUUUGCGGGAGGGGGGGGGGGAGGAGGUGGCAGUUGUGAGUUUUCUGAUAAAAUACUGACCACCCCACAAAGGACAAAAAACGAUUUUUUUUAUGCCAUUAUGCCGCAGUAUCCCCACGGGACGUUUAUUAUCGGAUUUAGCUUAAAAAAAAGUCGGCUUAUAGAUAAAUGUCAUACCAGGUCUAGAAUGCCUUUUUCUAUCUAAUUCACGAAACAACCUCUGUUCCCAACGCCCUUGGGGAGACUACCCAAAAGUAGUGCAAAAUAAACUGAAAUUAUUCAUUUAGAAAACUGUCGGUUGAUUGGAUAUAUUAUAACCUAAUAAGCUAAUGGCACAUUGUGCGUGCGAAUAUCAAUAUGCAAAAUAUCUUGCCUGUCUUCAAUAAUAACGAUUUGCAUAUGGGAGCCGCACGUGCAGGCCCAUCCGUUAAUCCUUAAAAAUAACGAGUCACUUGCGUAUGAGCACGUACAAAACCGGAUAUUAUUGUAACGCAUGACUAAGGCUUGGCCAGUUAUGAAACAAAAUCACUCUGCAUGAUUUGUGAAAGCUGCCAGGAGAUCAUGCAAACAGAUAUGUGCCCAACCCUCAAUGCUUAGAGUGGUUUAACUAAAUCAUGUUUAGUUAAACAAGGUUUUUCUUUGCCUGAUAACCUGUCAAGUUUCUCAUUGUGUUGAAUUCUUACUAGCUAAAUGAUCGCUUAGUAACAUGUACAGCACAGUCUAUUCACUUUUGUUCUUGGUUCUGUCCACUCUUGGGAGACUGAGUUUUGAACCAGUUUAAUGAAACCACCUUUAAACUGGUUUUAGUGCUGGUGUGAAUGCGGUAUAAGAUUAUGUUUGUGAUUAUUAUUUUUGGUCCGAAAACAGUUACAGAAGCGUGUAGUCCGUUUUAUAGCAAACGCGUGUCCUAGCCUUCUCUGGAACUGUUUUUAUAUUUAGAACAAUCUGACGAAAUGUUCCCUUCUUUUCAAGAGAACUUUGAAUGCAGUUCCAAUAUUUCAACAGUGACUUUCUAGGUUCGUAGGGUGAGCUUGAGGGAAGAAGAAUAUUGAGGCUGACAGCGACGAAAUUAUAAAACAACCUUCCAGCUUUCCGCGCUGCAAUGCGCCAAAAAUCUCCCAUGUCAAGCCUCGGACUAGGAGAGAGGGCUUUUCUAUAUAUAUCACCUUGAAUAUCAUCUUCUUUUUUUUGUUAAAACAAAUUGUAAUUUGAUUGAUUUUUACAGAGGGCCACAAGCGUAUUAGAGUAUCAUACUUAGUGUUACCCUCUUAACACAAAGCUACUACCCUUUUCAAACAAAAAUUAUAAUCGUCUCAAUUGCAGACUUUUGAUGGAAGACUUAUUGUUUUGAUAAAUUGAAAACACCCUUUGAAUUCUGGAUCCACCUCUUGAAAAUGUGUUGAAAGCCAGAUUUACAUCAUGUACAAAAUAAAUUAGCGCAUUUUUCAAAUAAGGUUGCACUCGAGAAUUCAUGUGUCGUAACCUGCGGUGGUUCAUGGGUAGUGUUUAAACGGCUUAUCCUUCUAUCUGAAAGCUAUGUGAAUGUUCAUAAGAACAUAAACAAGAACUCUACAGCUUAAGAAACCUAGGAUUUGUAUUUUAUUUACGCUUCCUUGUUUAUUCACUUGAUACCCAUGAAUCAGGGUUACGAUACACACAUUCUCCGAGUGAAACCUUAUCUGAAAUAGUUGUAUAGAGAAUGACAUUCAUAAUAACUCGCGACAUUUCAUUAUGAGAAACUAAUCACCAAUAUUUGCGGCCAGGACAAUGUCAAUCCCUCAAAAGAAAUUAUUUGUAUUCGGCUAGGAAUUUUUAAUAGAGUGGUGAACGCUCUGCUUGUCUGGCUCCUAUAAUUACAUAAGUGUCAUUUAGGCUAACGGGCGGGCCGCUUUGCGUUACACGCAUUGUCUUUUUUCCUUUCGCCGCCGAAGCGCAUCGCAUCUUUGCUGCGAUGUCAGCUCUAGUAAAAUAAGAAGACAAAAAAAAGCCUCCUGUUUAUUUUUAUACGAAUAGACGGCGCAAGCUGUGCGAUAAAAAAAAUCAAAAGGAGACUGUUGUGUUUUUGAUUCCCUGUCGAUCCAAACCACUUUAUAAAAUAACAUAGCGCGGUUGAACAUACAUCAUACAUUAGUUAUUUCUAGCUCUUUUUCAAGGAGUUGUGGGAUGUCCUCUACAUUUUGUUUGAUUGUAACGCGGUUUUUGUUUUGUUUUUCACGUGCGGCGUCGCAAACUUGAGACAAGCUGCCCGGGUUUUCUUGUAUUGCGUGAAAAUGGGUCAAGUGGUUUCGCCAUAUAUGGGCAUGAGUGGGCCACAAAAUCUUUCAGCGUCUAUUCCAGAAGAUGACGAGAUCUUAGUCACCAUAGCAACUCUCAGUUUUCCCAUCAUGCCGCGCGGCUGAAGAGCACCUCCCCUUCCAACAUGGAGCACUAAAGUCGUAAACGUGCAGGAACAAGUGGCUGGAAAGUCGCUCUGUUCAUCAACUGAGAACUUAUUGCAACCCUCUUUUGAGUUUCUACACAAAGACAAGAACCUUAACUACGGUUCGGUUAACUUUUCUGACUGUAUUUUACCAAAUCGUUGUGGGAUUUUACACCAAAACUUUGGACUACGCUAACCGCCCCAAUCUACCCGCCACAACCGAGCUCGGACCGUUGAAACGUGGAAAUCCGUCGAUCGGCAAGUUUGUUUAUUUUGGGAUUUGUCCAAGAAAUUGGCACUGACAAACGCUACAGGGAAUAGACCGUUUGCGUGAACCAAAAACUCGAUAAAGACAACGUUAUACUCGUCGAAGAGGGGUUUUCAGUGGUGUGUGGCACAAAACUUGAGAACUGCAUAAAUUAGCUGUUGGCUAACACUUCCUCGUCGCAAAGAUGACUAUUAAACAUUA